UUGCAAAUGUGCCUCGAACUCGUUUAAGGCAUGCGUGGGCGUCCAUUUCACAAUUGAGGAUGUUUGUGCAUGUUUGGCUUGCCACCUGAGUAAAACAUGCUGAAGGAGGUCGUCUCUUCAAUUGUCGCGUUUCUCUGUCCGCUCAACAUACCUCGUUCGUCGUCGUCGCCGUUACCCCCUAUUUUCUCUACUUUUACCCUAGCAUCUAUCCGAUAUCCUGCACAAUGUCGUCUAGAGUUCAUCCACACUCUCCGUUGCCAGCACCAGCGCUACAUGCAUCUAUAGUUUCCAACCAGUCAAAGUCGCAUGUCCUCGCAGGCGUGCAAGACGCGUAUUGGAGUGAUGACGAGGCGGAGGAUGCCGAAUGCCCUCUCUGUCUCGAAGAAAUGGAUAUUUCCGAUCUCAACUUCAAACCAUGUCCUUGCGGUUAUCAGAUCUGUCGCUUCUGUUGGCACCACAUCAAGGAAAAUCUCAAUGGUCGUUGCCCUGCUUGUAGACGAGAGUACACAGAUGAGACUGUCCAAUUCAAGCCCAUCAACAAGGAGGAUCAUAAGCGCCUCACGCAACAGAAGAAACAGAGAGAGCGAGAGCGCAAAGAGCUCGAAGCUCUUAACAGACGUCAUCUGGCGAACGUCCGCGUCGUGCAACGCAACGUCGUUUAUGUGGUUGGAUUGGGUCCACGCUUCGCAAAGGAAGAGCUUAUUCCGACCUUGCGUUCUAACGAAUAUUUUGGUCAGUAUGGCAAGAUAUCCAAGAUACUCAUUGUGAAGCGCACUCAGCCGGGGGGACGUGCUCCUGUGGUAGGAUUGUAUAUUACCUACCAUAGACGGGAAGAUGCUGCCCGUUGUAUCUCAGCGGUCGACGGUGCUCCUUCCCCGGGUGGUGGUCAGGAGAUCAUGAGAGCCAGUUAUGGUACAACGAAGUACUGUAUGGCUUUUCUCCGAGGGGUCACCUGUACGGAUCAUAGCUGUAUGAACCUGCACGAAUGGGGUGAUGAAAGCGACUGUUUCACAAAGGAAGAUCUCACUACUCUCAAACACACCAUGAAGGAUACUGAGACCAGAACGAGAAUCACAACCGUUCGGAAAGGUGACGAAAGUGAAGGUCUUCCACGGGCAGCAUCUUGGGCGAAUAAACCACGGGAGACUCUCGCUAGUACCGCUUUGCACAACAACACCAAUACGGCUCAUACGUUACCACCAGGUGUUGCACGGCAAGCAAGGCGCCUUCCUGCAGGGACCAGUAGUCGCCAGCAACGACCAGGUUCUACAACAGGCACAGCGGCGGAGGCGAGGACCAUUACCACUCGGAAAGGUGCUAGGGAGACAACAUCUGCUACGAAGCCACCUUCAGUAGCAUCUUCUUCAAGGCCUACGACGCCUGGUUUUCCAUCAGCAUCAACUCGCCCUCUGACACCUGCUAGCGCCAAGCCAAGCAGACCGAAGGAAGUGCCUGUUCCCUCAGCUCAAGUUCCACGAUCUCCAGCAUCUUCAGCUGCUCUCGAGUCGGAUGUUGGAUCAGGUCUUCAAGAAUCACCUUCGAUUUCCCAACCAAGUCCCGCGCCAAUCGCACAAGAAGCUGCUACAGCAUCCGCACCAAGAGCUCCCCCGGGUAUUCCUGCUGUGCCUCCAGGUUUGACACCUCCAGGUUUGCCUGCUUCGCCAGCGUUAUCGGCGCCGCCACCAGGCCUUACGCCACCCCCUGGUCUUCUUCCUCCAUCGCGACAAGCCACUUUACCUCAACUUGCAGGGCAAGGGCCAUAUCAAAUAUCAACUCAAGCCCAGGCGUUGUUAGAAGAUGUCAGGGCCCGCCGAGAGUCUGCGUUCCUUUCCACUACCGCACAGAGUCCGUUCCCAGACUUUGAUCGUAUGCUCCAGAAUUUGUCGGAGGAUAGCGGCUUCAGUUUCAAUCUCGACCCCAAGCUGGCUGGCAGUGACGUAGAUGCAUCCUUGACCUUGCCUGAUAUCGAGGCGGAGGCGAACACCCCCUUCGCUGGAUCAUUUAUGGACGCCUUCCCGGGAAUCAGACAAUCUGGACAAUCGCCUUCACUGGCGUUCAUGUCUCCUCCUGGGUUAGGUUAUCCGCCGCCUCGUUAUACCCCUCUUGCUUCGCCGGUUGUGGAACGCCAAUCGACUGGUUCGAGUUAUACUGGUUCCUUCAACCCAUUCGCGGAAUCGACAGACGAACCUCCCGCAAGACGAUACUCACCGUUGGACGAGGAUCGCAAGAUGUCCCGGUUCGGUUUCGCCCGAGGAAGACAGGGAUCGUCUUCGUCUCCUUUGGCCAUUGCCUCACCUCUCAAUCAUACCGAGAGCGUCUCCCAGACUUCGUUCUACUCUGCAGCAACGGAUCUUCCAUCCUCCGCGAGUCAGACACAGGCACAAUGGGCGUAUGCUAACCGUCAUCCUCAAGCUGGUUAUAUGCACUCAAAUGCUGCGUCGGCCAUGAGCUCGCCGUUAGUUCCUCAAGCACAGGCGCAAGCUCCUCCAAUGUACCAAAGCCAUCCACAGGCGCCGCAGACGUCGCGGUUCCAGCCUUUCGAUGCCAGCGUCAGUGAAGCUCAGCUGCGGGAUUUAAUUAACCAGAGUCGAGUCAAUUCGGCUUCUCGCACAGGUCCAAAUGACUCCCAAGCAUACAAGUACGCUUCUGCUCAACCAUUCAACGACCCAGCGAUUAUGUCGGCGAGAUUGGCUUCACCCUUGAUGUCCCAACCUCAAGUCCACGAUAACGGCUUCGUCAACUCGCCGUCAAUGGAUCACUUGGCGUAUGGCCCACCACCGGGUUUAACGUAUCCACCAGGUCUCGUGACGAGCCCCGGAGUGCAACAAGGUCAGGCUGGCGGAAGAGGUUAUGACAUCUCGCAAACGAGUGGAUCAGCGCAUGUGUCCACGUCCACUUCAGCUAUCCCUUCGCCUGCAUUAUCGUCUUCAGACUUUCCUGCUUUACGGGAGGCCACUUUUACCUCCUCCACGAAUAUCGAAAAGCAGUCUGACGAACCUACCGCUACUUUUGCUGCUGACAGUACGACUCCGACAUCGGCCUUAGACAGCAAGGAGCAAGCUAAGGCGGAGCGCAAUGCCGCGAAGAGGGCUGCCGCUGCUGAACGUGCCGCCGAACGUCAACGAAUCGCGCAAGAGCGGGCUGUUGCAAGGGCUGCCGAAAAAGAACGUGUUGCACAGGAGAAGGCGCUGGAGAAAGAGAAGGCUGCAGCGUUGAAGGCAGAGCGGGAGAAGACUGAACGUGAACAAGCUGCAAGGGACAAAGAGUCUCGUGAAAAGUCAGAGAAGGACAGGGUUGAGAAGGAGCGCUUGGACAAGGAAAGAGCUGAGAAGGAGAAGGCUGGUCAGGCGAAGAAGGAGCAGGCGCAAGCUCGCGCUGCGGCGAAAGCUGCGAAACAGGGGGGUGCUGAUGCACUUUCUUCUACUUCUACGCCUGUCGGAAAGGGCCGCAAGAAUCAGAAGCCAUCGACAGCUCCUCCACCUUCAGCUCCUGAACCUGAAGUCCAAGCUCCUAUUCUUGCGAAGUUGCCAAAGAAGAAUAAGCCGAUCACGAAACCCAUUAAGAUUCCCAAGGAGGAACCCGCUGGAGAUCGUUCCGUUCUCGCCUCUGCAGCUACAUCCGAUGCACCCCAACUUCCUGAAGCAGGUUCAAUGGAGACCCGUUCCAACUCCAACUCCUCACGAGCCCAAUCCGUGGAUGUCCAGCCUCAGAAUGAACCUAUUGGCCUCGAGGAGUUGCUCGCGGAUAUUGAUAUGCAAGUUCCUUGGAUGAACCUUCCUCGACAUGUCAUCUUCGACUCUUCCAAGAUCAAUCCUGCUGCAAAGAUGCCUCUUGAGUAUGGACCGCUGGUGCACGCUCUAUCCGCUCUCUCUGUCGGUGGUGGAUCAUUCGCCAAUAAUAUGCCAUCUGGAUCGAUCGACAACGCUGUAUCCUCCUUCCAACAACUGUUGGAGACUUUGACGCAGACGAUCUCUGAUUUGCUUCGCCUCCUACCCCGUGCGACCUGGGACGACAGUUCCUCAUUCGACGGCGUGUUGCGUGACAUGCUCAAAGGUGACGACUUCCUGGACGACGGCGGUGAUGAUCAGAACAACCAAGGCAAAGAAGACGAGGUUGCUGCUCUUACUAUGGCGUUGGAACGCCGUGCUCGUUGGAUGGAAGUGCAGCUUUCCAAGUUGGAAGAGCUCCAUCGUGACAUCAAUACUGCCGCCGUUCGUGCCGUUCUGUCAUUUAAUGACAAUGGCUGGGAUCGUCGUGGAUUCACUCAGAAGCAAGGUAACUCUUUGGCGCGCUUCGAUCAAUUAGGUAUGGUAGAGGAAGAUGGGAAGCUGAGGUCCAUGGCUGGAGACGAGUUGGAGAAGAAGUUAAUUGUGGCUAAGGAAGCGGCUGCGUUCGCGGAGGCUGAAUUGAAGGAGGCGAUGGAACGGGUGCAGGAGGCUCGACCGCUCGCUGAAGAUGAAUGGUAAACAGCGUAGUAGAGUCAAAAGUACAUUGUAAUGAAUGAAUAUUUUUUUUUAUCACCGUCGUCGUCUAGUGAUGUCGUCAUCUACCGAAGGUCGACGUCGUCUCUUAUAUUCGUUAAUGCAGGUGAUGAACCCUGUGAAUGUUGAACAACGACGUUGAGCAUGAAUUGUAAGAAGUGCAGGAGUAUUCCCUUCUCAGACUUUCUGUUGAGACUUCUGGAUCAAAUUGCGAUUGAUCGAGUGUCAUUAAUUGUUACUGGCAACGGGAAUAUACAUCUUCUUCACUA